AGCUCUGCCAGAAGAACCACAUUUUGACGCUGCCACAGUGACUUUGCCAUUUUGAAGUAUUCCAGCGCAGGCAAUUGCAGAACAAAAAGAACAAAAUUUGUUAAUUGCAGAACAAAAAGAACAAAAUUUGUUAAUUGCAGAACAAAAAGAACAAAAUUUGUUAAUAGUGCAGGACCGUGUUUAUGGUGGCUUGGCAACUCUUUUUUUCUCCAGCAACAGUAUUUAAUUUUUUGACGGACUGAACGCAUACGCGCAUGCGCACACUUUCAUUUUUCCAGGAAAAUCAGCAGCUAAGCAGAAAUGCCGAAAGAAAGCAAGUUGAAGGGGGUUUCUAAGGCUAAGAAUCGCCUGCCCCAGAAGAGAAUUCUAGAACGAACCCAAUGCAAGGCAAUUGUUCACCAGGUCGGCAGGUUGACUCCUUUCGGCAACGACGGCCAGGUGAUACCGUUCUGCACCCUCUGCUAUAACUCCUUGGUGAAGCGUUCAGAAGCCGCGGUGGCUCAGUCGGAGUUCAAUGCCCCGGGGAGCAGCAAUUCCUCUCACGGAGAUGUCAUCCAGGAUACUGAACCAAAAGUGACCAAGUAUGAUGUCGACUUAAGUGCCUGUGUGGAGGAGUGCCGCACCGACAUGGAAUGGACCUUUGGCGAGAUAUACGAUGUGCCAUCCGCAGACGCUCAGAUCGGUCCCAGCACAGCUGAGUCUCAAUCCAAUGUGCCAGAUCAGAACUCGAUUAUGGCCCAAAAUCAGGACUCAAUGAGUUGCUUCAGCCAAAAUAGUAAUCCUGGCAUUCUCCCCUCAAAUGGUGAAAAUGGUAAUUCCAUGUGGAGUGCCAGUAGCGGACCCUGGGCGAUCAGGGAUCAUGGAUACUGGAAGACAGAGGCUUCGUCCAGUGAUUGGCAACCGGACAGCUUUUACGAGAGCACCUUGAAAGCAAUCAGGGAGCGGAAGCACCCAGAUUCAUACAACCGAAGCCCGGAGGAAGGUGAGCCUAAGCGUAAAGAGUGCUGCUUGCGUUUGAUGGACCAAUUAAUGCCUGGUCGGGCCGGUCGUGUCCAGGGACAGGAGCAGCCACAACCUGAACCUGAACCCAUCGCCAGCACCAGUUCGGGCAAGCAGGCUGACCCGAACGGUUGGAAGAGGGAAUACAUUGAUGAUGAUGAUGAUGAUGAUUAUGAUGAUGAUGAUGACGGUGACGGUGACACGACGACAGCGUCGGAGGAAGAAGAUUUCAUGGAUUUCGAGAACAUCUCGCAGGACGUAAAACCGGUGGAAUCGGCUGGCAAAGAAUCCGACAUGGACUCGGACUCCGAAUCGGACUCCAACUUCGAAUCGGACUCCAACUCCGAAUCGGACUCCAAAUCCGACUCCAACUCCAACAGGGAUCCCGACUCGGACUUCGACUCAGACUCAGACUCAGCAAUGAAAUUGGAUUGAAGAGGUUUUUAUAAAAUGAAAGCUUUUUCAAGAAAAAUCUUUAUUAAAAUUGUCUUUGGAAGAAUAUCUUACAAGUGGCAACUAACUUAAUAUUGAACAAUGGAACACUAUAUUUAUAUAUCUAUAAAAAAAAAAUAUUAAAAAGGAUCAUUAUUGCAAUUGAACAAUGGAGGCAAAUAUUACAAGUGGUGUCGACAUACAUAAAAGCGAUAUAUAACUGAAAUAUGGAAACGAUCUUGCCCAGCUUU